UACCGGGACGGGGCGGGGGCUCCGGUGAUAGGGGCGGGGCCCCGCAGCCCCGUGUCCCUCGCCGCUCGCCGUCGCUCGCUGUCGCCGCCGGGCCUGUCCGGUGCUGCCGCCACCAUGGUGUUCCAGUGCCAGCGGGACAGCUGGGCCCGGCAGUUCGCCACCAGGGUGGUGUCGUGCCAGGCGGCGGAGCUGCGGCCCGAGGGCGGCGGGGAGCCGGUGCGGGGCUUCCAGGUGGUGCUGGAGGACACCAUCCUCUUCCCCGAGGGCGGCGGGCAGCCCGACGACCGCGGGCUCAUCGGCGAUGUGCCCGUGCUGCGUGUCACCCGCCGGGGCCCCGAGGCCGUUCACUUCGUGCAGACGGCGCUGGAACCGGGCGCCGCCGUGCUGCUGUCGCUGGACUGGGAGCGUCGCUUCGACCACAUGCAGCAGCACUCAGGACAGCACCUCAUCACUGCCAUUGCAGACCUGAUGUUUGGAUUCAAAACAACUUCAUGGGAGCUGGGCCGUCAGCGAAGUGUCAUCGAGCUGGACACCCCCUGCCUGACGGCGGAGCAAAUAGAAGCCCUGGAGAGGAGCGUGAACGAGAAGAUCCGGGAGAGGGUGCCCGUGACAGUGCGGGAGCUGGCUGCAGAUGACCCCGAAGUUGAAACAGUGAGAAGCCGUGGCUUGCCAGAUGACCACACAGGGCCAGUGCGAGUUAUAAACAUCGAAGGCAUAGACUCCAACAUGUGCUGCGGGACUCACGUCUCCAACCUCAGCGACUUGCAGGUUAUUAAACUCCUUGGCACAGAAAAAGGGAAAAAGAACAAAACCAACUUGGUUUUCCUGGCAGGGAACAGAGUUCUGAAGUCAAUCGAACAAAGUCACAAUACUGAGAAGGCUCUAACCUCACUGCUCAAAAAUGGACCCGGUGAGCACGUUGAGGCCGUGAAGAGAUUGCAGAGUUCAGUGAAACUGCUUCAGAAGAAUAACUUGAACCUGCUUAGAGACAUUGCUGUUUUGAUAGCGCGGGACUUCAAGAGCAAACCUGUUCGGAGUCAGCUGUUUGUGUUACACAGGAAAGAGGGUGACUCUGAGUUCAUGAACAUCAUCGCUAACGAGAUAGGGACGGAGGAAACCCUGCUUUUCCUGACCGUGGGAGACGAAAAAGAAGCAGGACUCUUCCUUCUAGCUGGACCUGUUGAAGCAGUUGAGAAUUUAGGUCCCAGGGUGGCAGAGCUGCUGGGAGGCAAAGGAGCUGGGAAGCGAGGCCGCUUUCAGGGCAAGGCGACCAAAAUGAGUCGGCGAGGAGAAGUGGAAGCUCUGCUCCAGGAAUUCGUCAGCCACCAAAGAGCUGAAACAUAAAGAAUUCUCAAAGUACGGCUGUCUUCCCUGCUUUGCAUUAUCUCCACCAAGUUCUGUCUCAGAGAAUAAAGACAUUUUAAAAAAA